AUGGAAAGUGUUUCCAACGAAAGUGACUUUUGGCAAUUUAACGAAUCCUGGCGGAACUCCAGCUUUCUUAACGGAACCGGUGUGCUGAACCAGACGAACCCCCUGAAGCGGAAUGAGGAGGUGGCGAAAGUGGAGGUGACUGUGCUCGCGCUGGUGCUGUUUUUGGCGCUGGCAGGCAACCUGUGCGUCCUGUUGGCCAUCCACACCACAAAACACAGCCAGUCUCGCAUGUAUUACUUUAUGAAGCACUUGAGCAUCGCAGAUCUAGUCGUGGCUAUAUUUCAAGUUCUCCCUCAACUUAUUUGGGACAUUACAUUUCGGUUCUACGGACCGGACAUUCUGUGCAGGUUGGUAAAGUACCUGCAGGUCGUCGGGAUGUUCGCCUCCACCUACAUGUUGGUUUUAAUGUCAGUGGAUAGGUGUUUGGCCAUCUGUCAGCCCCUGCGUUCCUUGCAUAGGAGGAAAGACCGGUACUAUGUGAUUUUUUCGUGGAUACUGAGCCUGCUUUUCAGUAUCCCGCAGAUGUUCAUUUUCUCUCUGGUAGAGGUCGGCUCUCCGGGAUCAGGAGUGUAUGACUGCUGGGGAGACUUCGUCAAGCCGUGGGGGGCCAAAGCUUAUAUCACAUGGAUCAGUCUCACAAUAUAUAUCAUUCCUGUCGCGAUUCUGAGCAUUUGUUACGGGUUGAUAAGCUUUAAAAUAUGGCAAAACUUUAAACUAAAAACCCGUCGGGAGCAGUGCAUCAGCCUGACGCCCAAAACAUCCAAAGGCAACACGCUGGCGCGCGUGAGCAGCGUGAAGCUGAUCUCUAAGGCGAAAAUAACCACAGUGAAAAUGACUUUUGUGAUCGUCGUGGCUUACAUCGUCUGUUGGACCCCCUUCUUCUCUGUACAGAUGUGGUCUGCGUGGGAUCCAGCUGCGCCACGUGAGGGUAGGUAGAAUUAAUUCAUGUAUUAUACUUGGCGCAAACAGGUGCUGCGUAAAGGCUGGUGUAUAACCAUCACGUCUUUACGCAUAUACCACUUUGAAAAACUGCAGGACACAUUAUGCUCAAUUAGCUAUUUUGUCUGUUUUUUGAGUCGGUAUUCAACGCUAAAUACGUGAUGAUUUUUUAAAUGCCGCAUCCUUAUUGUCAUGCGCGCCUUUACGCACGAGCCCAGGGUCUCAGCGUUGGCUUAUUCAUUGAGAACAAGCUGCUACAGCUGGAGAGUCUGAUUCAGCUUCUUUUCCCGAAAUAAAAAUGGGUUGUGCUUUUCAGUGCCAGGGUCGAAAACACUGUCAGGGUGCGUGGUGAUUGACAGAGAUGAGCUGACUUUUUCAUUGAUCACACAGCUGAGAGUUUGACGCCUGAAAACAACAUAUGAAAAGAGAGGAAUCUAGACAAUUUAUUCUGUCCCCCCCCCAAAAAAAACAAAAAAAAAUCUUUGUUGAUAAACUGUUUGCUCGUCUGAGUGUUUGGGACAUUUUAAAACCAAGUUAAGAAUAAGGGAACCACCUCCCCGAUUUCCGCUGGGGGUCAUUGAAGCAGUCUAUUUCUGAUUCUGAUCCCGGAGCAGCAUCUGUUAAUGAGGUCACAAUUUAUUAUGUGGUUAAUGAUUCGUUGAUUAGGAAACGAUUGAGGAGCUUAUGGAGCCUUUCUAUAUAUGCUAAUCCUAAAAAACGAUGCAUAAUCCUUAAUGAACGGCUAUGGGUUGUCCCCCAACACAUAAGGGUGUUAAUAAAUUGCACUUAAAAUUAUGAGACUACUGCACACAAUAUAGUCAUACAAAAUUUCUAACAUCAGCUGAAGGCUGUAGCAGAUUUCGAUUAACAGCAGUGCAAUGAGAUGAAGUUCACACCCACCUCUGGGGGUCCAAUGUCUCACAGAACCAACAGAAAAAAAAUAAUAAUGAAGCCAUUACAUAACAUAACAAAGGAUGGCACAAGGUAAAAAUCUGACAUGUCAUCCUAAAUUUCAACUGACUAUUUUUGCAGCUAUUUUAAACCAAUGAUGUUUUAGCUGGAUUUUCGAUGAAAUAAUAAAAAGACAAAUACAAUAUGGUAUGCUAAAACAUGACCGACCAAUGUCAGGAGUAGAAGGGUAUUUCACCAUAUUAUUCAAUACAUCAUAACAGACAUUAUAUGAAACACUAGCUGUUUCAGAUUCAAGAUGACACCAUUAGGGAUGGGAAAACUGCAUUUUUCAUCUUGAAAAGAUGAUCAUGAUUUGACCUUGUGAGGGCCAAUGCCAAUAUGAUGCCAAUUACGUUUAAAGGCCAUUAAUCAGCCCAGUUAAUUGACCAAUAAAUAGAUCAGUCUAGCUGUAAUGUAUGCUAGCAUUAGCCUGUUUGAAUUCAUAGUUUGAUGUUGAAAGGUCCCCAAAUUUACAUAUGUUUUUUCCAAUCAAAAUACGUCAGCUGUUUCUUUGGUCAGUGAAAAGCAGAAGGUGAGAGUCUUAAUAUUUCUUAUAGGGCACUGGAACCAAUGCAUUUGUCUUCUUGAAAAGAAAAGGUCAAAAGUGACCCAAGAGUUCUGUAAAGAAAAUGAAUCCCCUGUGGGUGUUGUAUAUUGAAAGAUUUGAAACUUAGAACAACAGCUUAGAACGACAAAAUCAUAUUAAGUUAUGUGAGAAUAAACAUAUACAUUUCUUUUCCAAUUUAAAGUAAAAGUGCCUGUUCAGAUGCAAAGAAAAUUUGACAGAAGCUGAUCUAAUUUUGAUCAAUAUGUCAGCAAACUAUCAGGCUCCUUUAAUUUCAAGGACCCAAAAGGGGUUAGUUAUUAAAAGUCAUAAACUUGAGACAAACUAGGCUACUGGAUAUGAAGUCCCACUUUGUUUUAGAGGGGGAAAAAAGGGUAUGAUAAAGUAUUGAGGCAACAUCUUGUAACUACUUUAACCUACAGAACAACAAAUAGAAAAAAAUAGAAAACCUGGUGUAACUCAGGUUUUAGUUCUUUGUAAAAAAAAAAAAAAAAAAUUGGGCAUUACUGUGUCAUCCACUGCUGGUUCAAGGAUAAACCAGAAUCCCUCACUUUAGUUUUACACCUGUUGUGUGGUAACAACAUCAGUGAUAAGACCUUUCAAGUUUCCCAAGUUUCCUCACAGCCUCCUCCCCCUCCCCACACUGCAGAGGCCCACCGGCAGCUAAUCAUUAAUCAAAUUAGUGUGCGCCACCACGCGCCAAGCAGCUUGUAUUUGUGCCUGUGGGCACGUUUGGAGAGUGUCGUUGACAUUUAACCACAAUGGCCCACUAAGCAGCCACUUAGCAGCCAUUUACUGUAUGUGCACCCUAUAUUUAUUGAUCCGCUGAGCCAUGACUACACACAUAAAACAAGGCUAGAUUAAAUGUGCCAGCUUGACUUCACAGGGGAAUUGUACAGAGUCUCUGUGCUCCUUCUUUUAUUUCAUUACAUUUAGAUAAAACUGGGUAAAAGGUCCAAUUAAAGUAAAAGCCUUACAAGGAAUAAAGACGUUAUCUGGAUGUUUGACUUAAGGGAAAAAGGUUGGAUUUAUUGGAAAAUGAUAGAUCUUCCAUCUGAAACAUUGUUGGUUAAUACUGAAUACCCCACUGAAUUCUGUCAACACUGGACGUAAGGACUUGUUUUUCUGUUUCCUAUCCUUUAAAGUCUCAUGGAACUGCAAUUUCUCAUAAAUAAGUUAAAAGGAACAGCUAUAGAAACACACCAAACUUAAGUUGAAAACAAUAACGUCAUGGGGUUUCUCAGUGGGGAGAAAGUAAACAAACCUUGAGUUUCAGGCUUUGGCUCUUUUCUUCUGCAUCUUGUGCUCCAGGUUUCUGCUUGACUGGCUGUGUGUGUGAGGUUGUCAUCUUUGUAAGAAGCAUUGUUCACAUCAGCUAGUUAUACAGGAGCUAAAUAGGUGCAUUAUACACUUUGCUGUCAUCCUAAACUUCAAUGACAGAAGGGCAUAUGGCUGGUAAAAAAAAAGGAAAUGACAGUAAUUGGCUUCUGUGCUCUAUCCAAACAAUGCUGAAAGUUGCUGAGGCAAGAAAAUAGCAACAAAGAUGCUCCAGGCUUUGAAUGAGAAAGAAAUGGAGGAGGACACUGAUGUCUGAUGGCUCUUUCUUCCACGUGACCAUUGCUCAGAAAGGUCAGAAUUGGCUGUAACACGUGCCAGUGUUUGUGUACAGAAGAUAGGCACCUGUGUGUGUGUAGAUAAAGUGUCCAUUAGAGUCAUACUCAGAAAAAUGAGUGCCGACCACAGAGCUGGGAAUAAAAAGACAUGUCAAAUAUUUCUACAGUGUCAACAAACCAAAGUAGUUUUGAAAUUUAAACCUGUGUUUAUGACUUGGAUUUUGUUGGUAUUUGUGUUAGUUUGAGUAAAUGUGAUCAAUUUGGAGAUUCUGUUCAGAGAAAAAUUCAAUUGUUUUUACCUGACUGAAGGGACUGGAUCCCCCUUUAGAGCAUUAAACCCAUUCCUCGGGGAUCCACCUGAUAAGAAGUUGUUGUUUUUGUUCCUCUUUCCCCAUAAAUCACUCUGACAUCGUCACAAAAUGGAAGUCCACUACUUCAAGGAUGCUGUCCAUCUUUGAAAGGCUGCUCCCAGCAGACGCAGGAUAUAAGAGCAGCAGUUUCCAAUAGACACCCACACUCCUCUCCUGCCUGGCCCAUUAGUGAAUGGUUCAUAAAUCUGUGCUUCAUAUUCACUGUGCAAAGAAAAGAGCUGGCAUUAAUUUUCUUGUCUAACUCUCAUCAAGAAAGUGAAUGAGCACUUAAGCCAUAGUGAAGAGUACUUUCAGCCAAAGAGGGUGGCAGUGGACUUUUUCCACAGACAGGAGUUAGCCACAGAUUAUGAAACAGUCUUAAGUUAAUGUUGAUGCCUCUCUAUGGAAAUAAGUAAAUAAGAGCAUCAGCAACAAGAUAGACUUUUUCUAAAUUGUUGUUUUUGCUAGGUGCUGCUAGGAGCUGGGUUUGAUUACAACCUGUGACCCCUUUCCUAUCUGACAUUCCUCACUGUCUCUCCUGAUAUUCUAUUCUAUCCAUUGUCUUAUCCUCCUUGAAAACAGGUCCCAAAGCCCCCAAAAUAACGUAGAUUAGAUAAUUAACUGCAACAAAGAUGCUCAAUGUGUAAUAAACUAAACACAGGGUCUGACUUAAAGGGAUAUUCCGGCGUAAAAUUAAUUUAGGGACAAACACAUCAUAACACCAAGUUAGACACCCCCUUGAGAGAUGAAUGUUGCUUCUCUAGUUAUACCAACUUUAGUAACGACCGCACGAUAACAAUACACAGCGGUCUGAGGAGCCAUAAACAAACCUCAACCAAAACGCCACUCUAUAGCCACAAAUAAUGCUCAGAACAGCACCUAACUUCAUCAAUAGUACAUAUAGGGUUCUAGCCACAGCACUAGCCACCAAACAUCUUUUAGCUUUGCCUAAUUUCUUAAGCAAAGACAACUCACCUACUCUCUUCCAGCAGUCGCUUGUUUGUAGCGAGACCUCAGGCCAGUCCAUUCAGUCCAAUACUGACAGAAACUGGAAGUUCCUCACAAGCGUGUUAAGCUCUUUUGCGCUUAUUAAUCUUUGACUAGACACCCAGACGAUGGUGAAAUGCCUCAUUCCUCACAGCUUUGUCACAGUGACAUCAGUGACGUCUGUUGUUCCCCAAUUAACAGCUUCAAAGAGUCCACUGUGUAGCAGACAAAAACACCUGAAGGUUAAACCCUGACUCAGACACUCACACACAAGUUCCCAAAAGAUUCUGUGGGCACAAACAUCUCCCCCACUGAAACUGGACUCGCUGACGCAAACUCACACUAUGUGAUCUAUUGAUCUGCAUUAAUGGACAGAAAGCCCAGUGUUCAAUCUGCAAGUAAUACACUUUUUGGAAAAGCUUAGUUUCUCUGCAAGCACCAGGGAAAAUAAAGUUAUGUCUUCUAUGCAAGGAGAUUUACUAUGUAUAAAUCUUAAUUAGACAACUGCCAAUGCUCAUUACAGAAACGACAAUAAAGCGACAAUAGUUUUUGUUAAUGAGUGACUGGAGUGUCUUUUGGGUUUCACAGUCUCAGCUCUGACUCCCAGACAGAUGUACCACCAAGGGGAUGAUUAUCGUGCCUAUUCAUUUGUGUGUGAUUCGUCAUUCUCUUGUGAAAGACACCAUAAGCUAAUUCAGAGAAGAUGUCUCUGUGAUUGCCCUCCACAUUAUUCAAAUUAGUUUUCAGACAAUGCUCUCAUCUGCCCUGAUGAGACUGCCUGACAGACAAUGGUUUAUCCCUCGCACUGUCUCCAGUGAAGGAAAUGCCAGCAGUGUUAUAAUCUGUAUAACAUGAAGUUUACUCAAGACUAACAGGGUUUGUUAGAUGAAAAAUCAAAUAAAUUCUAAUUUCCUCACCAGUGUUUUACUGUAAUUUUGAUAUUUCAAACCUAUCUCCAUUAUCAAUUUACAUUUACACAUCCCCAAAUUAAAAUUCAAAGCCAUUAAGUAUGAGACCAGUGAACAGGACAAAGCUAACCAUUGAUUGACGCUAAUCUAAACUCAUGUUUGAGUCUGAUUAAUCAAAAGCUUAAUGGCUGAAGAUCAAUUUUUACUAAUUACUUGUGCGACUUGGGUGCCCUUCCAGAGAUCAUUUGCUUCAAUUUUCGUUCAAGUUCAGGGAUUGUCAUUAGAAACGACAUGAGAAUAGCAGGAGCCCAGACAGGCUAGAAUAUAGAUUAGCAAUCAGCAGGAAGAGGUUAAAUGCAGGAUACAAGCCAAUUAGGAUGAAUACAAAACUAAUUUGCCAAAUGUCAGAGGGAAGCUGGAGUUAAUGUAGCAUAAAUGUCGACAAAAUACCUCAGCUGGUUAUUACUUGUGCAGGACCCUUUUCCUGUUGAUCUUGUGAACAAACGCUAAUUUGCUUUUUGAAGAAAGAAAAAAAGACUAUUAUUUCUUCUUAUCUAAAUGAGUCAACAAUAAAAUACUUCCUGUUCACUCUCUUUAUUCAAACCUCUCCCUCCUCAUAGGCCUCUCAUUCCAAUCAGCUAUAGAUAAAGAUAAAAUUUCACAUGUUACACAAUACACAGAUUCAGUAAACAGCAAUAUUUAAAAAUUGAUUUUCUCUCAGUUUUAAAAAGAACCCGUCCAAAGCUGAAGUUUUAUGUUAAUAAUAACGUUAAUAAUGCUUACAUAAGCAUUCCAGACCAGCAGGUGGCAGUAAUAUGUAAUCAGUCUGCUACAUCACAACACCAUAGAGGAACAUUAAGGACAUGUGUAUGGGGCAUCUUUGAGAGAAAGAGGUGGUGAGAAGCUCACUUUAAAUACUGAGUAGUGAAUAGCAAAUUAAAAGCUGUUAAGCAUUAUACUUUUAUUUGCCUCUGUAUCGGGGUUUAAUGAUAAAGAAUGAUGAAAAACAGCGAGGUUUCUAUGUAAACACGCAGACAGACCUAAACAAACUGUUAGUCUGCCAUCUCAUUGCAUGCUCAAUAAAUGUAUAUUGAAACAAUAACUACCUUGUGCAAAUAUUUCAGCAUUUCCCUUAAACUUCUUUUAUGCUGUGAACACAACAACAGCUGAACUGAGUUUUCUGAGUUUGCAACCUUGGAUUCCUUUUACAUGUUGACAGAAGGCAAAACACAAAGAAAAUACCACAUUUUCAAAAAUACAGCCUUGGAGGAUGUACUUUCUGUGAGCAGGCAUAACUUUGCUGUGAAGUAUUUCUCUUCAGGAAUCGAUCAAGGGACCCAGUCCACAAAGGAUCAGGCCCGGCUACAUGCUGCCACCCCGAUGUCUCACCAUUCCGACACAGCUUUCCAUAUAAGGGGGGGGCAUUCACAUCUGGAGUCCGUCAUUUAAUCCUGAGCGUAGCUGGGCGUGUCCCGUGCAGAGGGCUCCGCAGCCGACCAUAGCAGACGAGAGCUGUCGGAAUGACCAGAUGUGUGAUAGCAUGGUAACAUAACGCUACUCAGACAAUUAGAGACCAAUGUCGGGAUGUCGGGAUGUCAGGAUGUCGGUUGCCCCCCAUCAGGCCCUUAUAACCUUGGUUGACUGCUCAGGCAGGGCAGAAACAGGAGUGUCCAGUGUACUGAGCAUUUCGUGUUUCUUCCCUUAUGUUAGAAAGAGAUAAGAUAAGAGAUAAACCAGAGCUAGCAACAAAACAAACAUCGUGGAACUGAUUAAAUUACUUUAAGUCUUUAGGCCCUUUUGUCUUUUAACAUUCAUAUUACUGGCUGUUUAACUGAAAUGACACCAAUAACUUCCAUUUAAAAGCCACUUGACAGUCCACCAUUGUGUUUGAACUGGCGCACGAAUGACUCAUACGAUAAGCUAGGCCAGAAAGGAAAGUAAUAUCCAGCUGCAGCGUAGGGCUGCAGAUUAAUGGGACUGACAAAGGAUGCACCAACUACAACUUUUGUGGUCUGGGAAAAGUAAGAUAUUAAAAAAUGGUCUGAAGCCUGCCACUAUGACGUAAUUUGUCUUUUCACCCUCUGAAAAUGGGACAUAGUUGAUGACAAACAUGUCCUACAUUAGCAUUUUAGAAUGCUAAUACAUGCUAAUCAGCUCUGAUUAUUGAUUAUUUCGCUAGCUGCUACACAACAAUCAAAAUUUGCCGUCCUUCUGUCCAUUGUGUUCUUUAUAACGAAGAAGGUGAAAUAACAAAGUUGCCAAAAUCCAUUUAAAUGAGGAGCAUUAAUGUUUGUACCAAGGCAAUGUCUUCAAAAACCGCAGAGAACAUGCACUCAAAAUUACGUAUGGGCACCUCAUCCAGGUGACAAAUCAGGCACUGACCUCUAGUGAGUCUGCAUGUCUGUACUAAAAUUCAUUGUUUUCAUCUAGUAUGUGACAUAUGGUAGUCUGGGCCUAUCAGGGGACCCAGACCGGGGAGCAAACAGAUGGACCAGCACUGUAACCAUGUAGAUUAAGAUUAAGAUGGACAGUAAAUCACUGGAAAUGCAUGUGUGUUCACAUUUCCCUUCAAGUGACACAACUGUCUCGGCCUCAAUCUCAUCAUGUCUCAGUGAUAUUUCAAGAUGGAUGAAGAAACACCACCUACAGCUCAACCUGUCCAAAACUGAGCUUCUUGUCAUUCCAGCCAGCCCCUUUUUGCAACCACAAAUCAGUAUCCAGUAUGAAUCAAAUUAACUUGUGCCCACAAAGUCUGCUGGGAAUCUGGGUGUCAUAAAUGAUGACCAACUAAUCUGUAAGGUUCAUGUCACCUCAGUUGCUCGGUUCUGCAGAUUUGCCCUCCAUUGCAUCAGGAGGAUCAGACCUUACCUGUCAGAGCUCUCAACACAGCUCCUGGUACAGGCUCUUGUUAUGUCACACAUUGACUACUGAACUCCUUGCCGGAAGGCCUCCUUGCAUGCUCAGUCAAACCUCUGCAGAUGAUCCAAAGUGCAGAAGUCUGUCUGGUUUUCAACCAACUCAAAACAGCAUCCAUCACUCCACUGUUCACCUCUCUUCACUGGCUUUCUGGAGCAGUCAACAUCAGAUAGAAAGCCCUACUUCUUGCCUACAAUACUGCAACUAAAUCACCUCCCACAUCUGGCAGUUCUGUACUCCCUUCCGCCCGUUACGCUGUCAGUGAAAGGUGCCUGGUGCUCCCAUCACAACAAGGCCCUAAGUCACAAACCAGACUCUUCUCCUUUGUUGUCUCCCAGUGGUGGAAUGAAUUACCAAACUCUGUCAGACCUGCAAAGUUUGUCUCUACCUUUAAGAAAAAGCUAAAGACUCAGCUCUUUAGAGAACACCUAUGCACUUAAGCUCAGCUCUUUUCCUCUGUCGCCCUUAGUGGUAGAAUGACUGAAACAAAUGGCCCUGUCUACUUUGAGACACUUUGCCCAGCUCUUAGUGAACAAUUCUGCACUUGGUACAUGUGAUGAUGAUGAUGAUGAUGAUGAUGAUGAUGAUGAUGAUGAUGAUGAUGAUGAUGAUGAUGAUGAUAGUUAUGACAUGACAAUGACGACACGGUUAAUAGCUGCGUUUACAUGGGCAUAAAUAAUUGGAAUAAAUGCCCGAUCAGAAUAAAAAUGCGUCAGGUAAACAUGUUGAUCAGAAGAUUCUGAUUCAAUUCAGCUCAAUCAGAAAGAAAUUGUAUUCUGAUCGGGAGGGGUGGUUUGUGCCGAUCGUUAUUCCGAAAGGCAUCCAUGUAAACACUUAUUCUGAUUUUGACUCUCUAACCUGACUCAGUCUUCACGCUUUAGCCUUUGGCUUGUUUAUUGAGGCCAGUACAGGAGGUUUCCCUAUUAACACUCUGGCAUAAAACACAACCUCUCCUCCGGUAACAUAACAAGGUGUACAUACAGCGUAAUGAUGUCACAUCUGCACACACAGAGCAACCUUUAACAGAACAGUAAAAUAAGUAUGCAAGGGCGCCAUCUAGUGACAACAUUUAACGGGAAAACUCCUGAAUCGAAUGAAGUGAGCCACUACCACGUUUGUUGGUUUGUCGACAGCACAGGCGUAAAUACAACUCUUCCUUUGCGGUUGUUUUAGCGAAAUCAGACAACUCUGCACAUGUCCAAAUGCCUCUAAUCUGAAUAAAGCUUGGUGUAUGUAUACAUCAUGAUCUGAUUAUUUGAUUUUGCACCCAUAUAAACAGUGGAUUCAGAUUAUCCGAUCCCUCAAAUUUUAAUCGGAUCAAGAAAUGUUGCACAUGUAAACGUGGCUAUUAAGACUCUAUUUGAUUUAUGGAUUGAUGGUGGUUAUACAUAAAAAACUGCAUUGUGCUUGUAGCAGUUUUCAGCGAUCACUGAUGUUUCUUUCUGUCAAUAUCUUGCUUGUGUUGUAUUUACUCUUCAAUGUACCAUGCGGCUAAAAACAUCCGCCAAAUGACAUUGUGUCAUCAUCUAUCAUUCUGUUUUUACGUUUCACCUGCUGGUUCCUUUGGGAUGUGUCAUCACAUUAACCUUCACGUCUCUCUGUGGUCUCCUGCAGCAACGCCCUUCAUCAUCACCAUGCUGCUGGCCAGCCUCAACAGCUGCUGUAACCCCUGGAUCUACAUGUGCUUCGCCGGGCAUCUAUUUCACGAUCUGAGGCAGAACUUCCUGUGUUGCUCCUCUCGCUACCUCAAGUCGUCCCAGUGUCACUGUGAGCGUGACUUUGACUCGAGUCACAAGAGUAAUUCCUCCACCUUUGUCAUCAAGAGCACAAGCAGUCAGAGGAGCAUCACACAGACUUCCUGCACUUAA